AUGGAUUUAUCAUCACAAGAAUACGAUCCCACUCAGUUUUGUUUUCCUGCAGUGAACAACUCUUGUCUUAAAGGCACACAUCAUGUGUCCACUCAGACUGUUGUGUAUCUCAUAUUGGCGUCAGCAAUGACUGUGACCAUUCUAGGAAAUUCAAUGGUCAUUAUUUCUAUAGCACACUUUAAACAGCUCCAGACACCGACAAAUAUCCUGGUGAUGUCUCUGGCUCUGGCGGACCUGCUGCUUGGACUGGUGGUCAUGCCUUUCAGUAUGAUCCGUUCUGUUGACGGCUGCUGGUACUAUGGAGAAACCUUCUGUUUGCUUCACUCUAGUUUUGAUAUGUUUCUCACAUCUGUAUCUAUUUUUCAUCUUAUUUUUAUUGCUGUUGAUCGACAUCAGGCUGUGUGUUAUCCGCUUCAGUAUCCAACAAGAAUAACCAUAUCUAUUGCAUGGCUCAUGGUGAUGAUAAGUUGGAGCAUGGCUGCAUUAUAUUCUUAUGGUGUAGUGUACUCAAAAGCUAACUUGGAAGGACUGGAGGAAUAUAUUGAAUCAAUGUACUGUAUGGGAGGAUGCACUCUGCUUUUUAAUGCAUUAUGGGGGGCUAUAGACACAUUAGUAGCUUUUUUCUUGCCUUGUUUUGUCAUGAUUGGGUUGUAUGCACAUAUUUUUAUGAUCGCAAAAAAGCAUGCUAGAAAACUUGGUGAAGCAAACCAGCAUGACAAUGAGAAUGUGUUCAAAAGCUCUCGACGAUCUGAAAGAAAAGCAGCAAAAACUCUUGGUAUAGUUGUGGGUGCUUUUAUUAUGUGCUGGUUGCCCUUUUUUAUUAACUCUCUGAUGGAUCCCUACAUCAACUUUUCCACCCCAGUUGCUCUGUUUGAAGCUUUCGUCUGGUUAGGCUACAUGAAUUCAGCCAUAAACCCCAUAAUUUAUGGUCUUUUCUACCCAUGGUUUAGAAAAACCCUUUAUCUCAUUAUAACACUGAGAAUGUUUGAGCCAAACUCAUCUGACAUCAAUGUUUUCACAGUUUGA